CCCUACUUCUGAUGCAUUGUAUUUUGACGCAUCUCGUACUGUUUUGGAUGCACCCAAGCGCCUGAUGUGACAUUUUAUGUUAUAAAUCGCAUCGAACAGCAGAUAUCUAAUAUUGUCACACGUUACGAACUGAAGAUAAAAGAUGAACAUGUUCCAGUUUUAUGAGAUGGGGGGUGCAGUGAGUUCAGGUCGCAACAACAAUCACCUGAUUGAUAAUUUGGUUGAUAAUGAUUACAUACACACAAUCAUGGUGGAGAGGGUGUUCCGGGCAAUCGACCGAGCAGAAUAUAUGCUGCAGGAGUACAGGUGUGAAGCAUACAAGGAUCAGGCUUGGAGACAUCAACACUAUCAUCUGUCAGCACCUUGUAUUUAUAGUGAAGCUUUAGAGGGGUUGAGGCUGAGGCCAGGACUUAGCUUCUUGAAUUUGGGUAGUGGCACUGGGUAUCUGAGCACCAUGGCUGGUCUGAUUCUGGGUAGCAAUGGUGUCAAUCAUGGGGUGGAAUAUCAUGAGGAUGUCAUCAAGUAUGCCUACACCAAGUUGGAGGAAUUCAAGAAAUACUCUGGUGCCAUAGACGAAUUCGACUUCUGUGAGCCACAGUUUAUGCAAGGAAAUUGCUUGGCACUUGCGCUCACCCGCAGGUAUGAUAGGAUUUACGUUGGAGCGUCCUGUCCUGAGCAGUACGAUGAUUUCUUGAAGAGUUUCUUAAAAGUUGGCGGCAUUAUGAUCAUGCCGUUCCGAGAUUCCCUGAUGCAGGUCCUGCGCGUUUCUGAAAGCUCCUAUCACGUUUGUCCAUUGAUCCCAGUGACUUUCGCAAUGCUGAUUCUACCGAAAACAAACAAUCCAGAGCCGCAGGAACUCCUUGACAUUCAACCGCUGUCCUUGCAACAGAUGUGCCGUAAUAAAAUCAGAAAUAUUCUGAGAGAAAACGUUAAUGAAGAUGUUCCGAAUAUAAAGUUCCAUCGCAGCAAAAUGUUCAGUCACCUGAAGCGUUACCACAAGAUUCACGAUAAAGAUAUGGCCGAUUUUGAGUACACCAGUCUUGUGAAUCGUCAAAGCUGCGAUGAAGACGAUAAAUUCCCUGAAGCUAAAAAGAAAAAGAGGUGCGACGAUAAGACUGUUAGGAGGAGGAGACGACGUGAUAAUUCAGAUAGCGGCGACUCUUCCUCUUCUGAUAUGGAGACGAACGAGAACGCUGAAGAGCAUCUGCUCAGACCUACAUUGAAUUAUUUCGCUUCUCCAUCGUUCAUUUUCGAUUGGAACAUCAAUUUGAGUGAGCACAGCGACGAGGAGGAGGUGGAGGAAGAGGAGGAGGAACAACAACAAUCGAAUGAGUUCCGGGAUGUUCUUUGCAGCGAUGAGAACAGUUGCAACAGUUGCACCGAUGAAGGUGAGAGCGAAGAGGAUCAUCCUGUUAGGAGGAUGAUAGAGAGUCCAUACACGCCUUUGAUGCGCGAAAAAAUUGACGAGUUACCUUUACCUGGAAUGUUGAAGGAGUUUUUGAAUUAUAAUAGGGUUUAAGGUAUUUUCUUUGAAUUUGUGAACGAACGGAUGAAUGUUAUUGGAAUUUAACAUUUCUUUUUUCUUGUUGUAAUGUUUAAUGUAUAUGUUUGUAUAAAUUAGAAUAUAUUUUUUAUUCAAUAUAAUUAACAAUCUUUAGUUUAUUACAACGCUGUGUACAAUUUAAAACUUGUGAUCUAUGUCGAUAUAAUAUUUUAAGGUGAGUCUUUCCAAUUUCUUCAAUAACUUUACGUUAAAUUAUACAUUUCUAUCAAGAUAUUGUAAUAAAUGGGAAAUUAAAGGAAUAUUUGUAUAGGAAAUAAAGUAUAUUAUUUAACAUAUUUAA